AUGCUCAGCUGGAGCGAGAAGGCGAAGAGAGAGGAGGUGGGGAGGGUUGAGAUCGCGUUGAACGAGCUUGCAAUCAUUUCAGAGGAUGAAUGGAUUGAGAUGGGAUUAUUGGGGAAGAUGGACCUUGUAAUGCCCUUCUCUCUGAAGAAGAUCCGGCACUUCACCACCGCUCCUCAGGGGAGGCUCGACUGGAGGAUCAAGGGUCAGCCAUGA